AAAAACAAAAAAUACUGUUGGGAAAUUCAGUCGGAAUCAGAGUGACAAGUCUAGACUAUCUUCAUGGCAACUCCAGCCUAUGUGGGGGAGCUGCAGCAGACCUCCCAGCCUCAAGCGGGCGCUGUGACAGUGACUACAGGGCAGGCUCCUGCAGCUGCAGCCCCACAGCAGUUCCUGACAGAGCUACAGACGACUGUAGCUUCAGCCUCGACUGCACCAUCUGCAGAGCAAACCACACCCUCUCCUGCACAAGCACAGAAGACCACAACAGUUGUUGCUCAGACCACACCCCCACAAGCCCCACCCACCCAAACACAGUAUGUCACAGCUGAGAUUCAGAGUUCGCCGACGCAAUCUGGCAAUGCCCAGAGCACACCACAGUACAUCGUUGUCACGGUUACUGAGGGUUCUCUCCAGUCCAGUGAUUCUGUAUCUGACUCUAGUCCUCCACCAGCUGUCGUGCAGACUGGAGUUCCCACACAGGUUGUUCAACAGGUGCAGACAGCCCAGCAGCGUUCAGUCGUUCAAACUGCAUCUCAGCCAGUGAAGACGGAGCAAACCGCUCAACUGGGUGUUACCAACUUACAGUCAGUACACCUGACCCAAGAGGUGCAGCAGCAGCUCCAGCAGGUUCCAGUUCAGCAUGUGUACACUAAUCAGGUGCAGUAUGUUGAGGGAGAUGGAGAAUCCAACUACACUACCAGCACCAUACGAACGGGCACUUUCCCAUACUCCGAGACACCUCUUUACACCCAAACCACUGCCGCACCUUACUACGAAACUACAUCUGCGUCGGGCGCUCAAGUUACAACACCCGGUACCCCGCUCACUGUCUCCGUGACAACCGGCUCCGCCGGAGUGUCCAUGUUUGUGGCUGGGACGGGGCAGAUCGUGGCAAAUUCCGCUUCGGUUUCAGGAGCCACUACAUCAGCGACGGCUGCCGCCGCGGCAAACGGCUCCGGGGAAGGAAGCGGCACUAACGGGGGAAGCGGCGGGAGCAGCUACGUGAUUCAGGGCAGCUAUAUGUUAGGCAGCAGCAGCAGCAGCGGUGGAAGUACCAACAGCCAAAGCUACACUCACAAUGCUCGCGCCUCCCCGGCCACUGUGAGUAUUAGCGAGGGAGAAGAGAAUAGCGUGCCGUCGGCAGACAAAAAGCUCUCCUCUGGUCCUCAGGUCCAGUGGUUGUUGGAUAACUAUGAGACAGCAGAAGGGGUGAGUUUGCCGCGCUCCACUCUCUACUGUCAUUACCUACUGCACUGCCAGGAACAGAAACUAGAGCCGGUUAACGCCGCGUCGUUCGGCAAACUCAUCCGCUCUGUCUUCAUGGGGCUAAGGACGCGACGCCUGGGAACGCGAGGGAACUCCAAGUACCAUUACUAUGGACUUAGGAUCAAAGCCAGCUCCUCUCUGGUCAGACUAAUGGAAGACCAACAGCAUUUGGCUAUGAGGCAACAGCCUUUCUCACAAAAACAGAGGUUGAAGCCCGUACAGAAAGUAGAGGGGAUGACCAAUGGGAUGUCUUCGGGGGCGGGGCAGCAGCAACAGCAGCAGGGUUCAAGUACAUCUGACAUCAGUGCUCAAGUGCAGCAUUACCAGCAGUUCUUGGAUGCAUCUCGCGCUCUCCCAGACUUCCCUGAUAUAGAGUUACAGGGGAAACCUCUUCCAGAAGGCAUAGAGUUGGACCACAUCAAGAGUUUCCAGCUGCUCUAUAGGGAACAUUGUGAGGCUAUUCUGGAUGUGAUGGUGAAUUUGCAGUUCACUUUGGUGGAGACGCUGUGGAAGACAUUCUGGAGGUUCAGCGAGAGCCAAUCAGGCGACACGGGAACACUGGCCGUACACAAUGAGUCAGAGAAGCGUCUGCCCAAAUCGUGCCUGGUUCUGCUGUGUAAGUAUGAUCCAGUCCUGCGCUGGAGUCGUGACUGCGACAACACACUGUACCAGAGCCUAGUGGAGAUCCUCAUCCCAGACGUACUGAGACCCAUACCCAGUGCCUUAACUCAAGCCAUCCGUAACUUUGCUAAGAGUCUGGAGAGCUGGCUCACUAACGCCAUGAUGAACAUUCCGGAAGAGAUGGUCCGCAUCAAGGUGACGUGCGCGAACGCGUUUGCCCAGACUUUGCGUCGGUACACCUCUCUGAACCACCUGGCCCAGGCCGCCCGGGCCGUGCUCCAGAACACGGCUCAGAUCAACCAGAUGCUCAGCGAUCUCAACCGCGUCGAUUUCGCCAACGUACAGGAGCAGGCCUCGUGGGUGUGUCGUUGUGAAGACAGGGUGGUACAAAGGUUGGAACAGGACUUUAAAGUCACUCUUCAGCAGCAGAAUUCUUUAGAACAGUGGGCUGCCUGGCUUGACGGUGUUGUCUCCCAGGUCCUAAAGCCCUACCAGUCCAGUGCUGCCUUCCCAAAGGCAGCUAAACUCUUCCUGCUAAAAUGGUCUUUCUACAGCUCCAUGGUGAUCAGGGAUCUGACCUUGCGCAGUGCGGCCAGUUUUGGGUCUUUCCAUCUGAUCAGACUCCUGUAUGAUGAAUACAUGUAUUACCUCAUUGAACACAGAGUCGCCCAGGCUAAAGGAGAAACACCUAUCGCUGUUAUGGGAGAGUUUGCCAGUUUGGGCCGCAGUUUGAACCCACUGGACCCUGACAAAGAAGAAGAGGAGGAGGAAGAAGAGGAGAGCGAUGAAGAUCAGGAACUGUCUAUGCCCUCUGAUGCUGUUGGGCUUGGGGAGGAGUCUUUGGAGCCUCCCGCCAAACUGGCCCGAACAGACCAGAGAGUUCUGUUUAGCACUGGAUCUACAGAGAACUGAAAUAACAACACGCGCACACACGCACACACACACACACACACACACACACUUAUACAGAGAUACAUGCACAUAUGCACACCUACAAAGGUUAAAUGCACAUAUACUUGAACAUGCUCACUAACGCAUACACAACACUUUUGAACAGACGCAUAAACACACAUGCACAAACACAUGCACGGGCGCACACACUUAAACACACGCACAGAUUAUCGCAGUACUCACAUACUGUGUGCUGCUGCACAUGUUCGCACGCAUUCGAGCGCACACACACAUACAUUCAGACACGCUGAUACACACAAGGACACUAAGAGCCUUGGAUAUGAGCACAUAGCACAUCAUCAAAUGAAACUUCAGCAUGGAAACACUCUCACACACACACACAC